AUGGUAUUGAAGAUGGCAUCAGAAAGGAGAGCAAUGUCAGCUGAGGGGCUGAUCAAUCCUCACCUCACUAUCUCUUUGAUGCUGGACCGAUACAUCCCAGGUUGGAUCAUGCCUAGCCCUUCCUCCUCUUCCCACUUCUCCCUGGGACCUCAAGGAGAGAUCUGCUGCCGCCUGGCGAUUCUGAGGAAAGAGAGAGAGGAAAUUCUCGCCUUUCAAGCAGAUCUGGACAAGGAAAGCAAAGACCUCCUUAAAUUAACAGAAACGGAGAGGCUGAAGACUGUAGAGAAGUUCAGAGAACUGCGCCAGUUCCUGGAAGAACAAGAGAAACGUCUCCUGAAUCAUAUGGAAGAGGUAGAGAAGGAGAUUGUAGGGAGAAGGGAUGAGCAGCUGGCCAGACUCUCCAGGAAACUCUCCUCCCUUAAGAGGAUCAUCCAGGAGAUGGAGGAGAAGCAUCAGCAGCCAGCGAGUGAACUCCUGCAGGAUGUGAGAAGCACCUUGCAGAGGUGGAAGAGUGUUGCCCUUACACUUUAUAUCUUUUUUGCUUCCUCAGAUGCUCUUUUAUGCAGAAAACAGAUUCAGAAAGAUGUCCAGUCAUUCAGAAAUCUCCAGAGAGCAAAUGUCACUCUGGAUCCAGACACAGCCCAUCCCUGGCUCAUCCUGUCGGAGAAUCGGAAAAGCCUGAGAUUGGGAGACAGACCUCAAACCCUGCCUGAUAAUCCUGAGAGAUUCAACAUCUUUUCUUGUUUGUUGGGACGUGAGGGAUUCACAGCAGGCAGACAUUUCUGGGAAGUCAAUGUGGGAAGUGGGGAAGGGUGGGCUGUGGGGGUCGCCAGAAAGUCUGUGGAGAGAAAGGGCAGCUUCUACUUCAGUCCUGAGGUGGGGAUCUGGGCUGUGGGGAAGUGGGAAGGCAUUUACUGGGCCUUCACCUCCCCUGAUUCGUCUCCUCUGUCCCUGAGGGAGAAGCCCAGGAGGAUCCGGGUGACUCUGGACUAUGAAGGGGGACGUGUGUCUUUUUAUGACGCUGACUCAGGAGCCGAACUCUACACGUUCUCAGGAGCCUCGUUCUCUGGAGAGACCCUCCUCCCUUUCUUUCAUCUCUGGAGAGAUAAAACCCACCUCAGUAUCUCCUGAGGAGACUAAAUGUGCCUCUCAGGCCCAGCAGGAGUUUUUCUCCAGACCAGAGUGACUGAUAUAUAAAACAUUUACCCGCCAAGACAACCUUGGGCAGUUUUUCAGGAGGACCUUUGAGAGGAUUCAUUUUCUUUCCUUUCCCCAUAAUUCCCUCUUCAGCUUUGUUGUUGUUUUUGUUUAGUCAUUUAGUCGUGUCCGCCUCUUCAUGACCCCAUAGACCAGAGCACACCAGGCACUCCUGUCUUCCACUGCCUCCCGCAGUUUGGUCAAACUCAUGUUCGUAGCUUCGAGAACACUGUCCAACCAUCUCGUCCUCUGUCGUCCCCUUCUCCUUCUGCCCUCAAUCUUUCCCAACAUCAGGGUCUUUUCCAGGGAGUCUUCUCUUCUCAUGAGGUGGCCAAAGUAUUGGAGCCUCAGGGCUGACUUCCGGUCUGGCGCCAUUGGAAGCCGGAGGGGAAUUUUCGGGCUCCGAGGUUCCCGGCGCCUCAGAGGGGGGGGGGUAGAGCCGCUCGGGCGAAGCGGCCACCCGGAGAACCCCCGAAUUUGGCUUUUUGGGGACGUGGGUACCCAGCUGAGCUCCUUUGAGCUCCGUUUGUCGCCCGACAACCCCCUUUUGGGGGGAUGACGUGCGCAGGCAGAGCGGGAUGGAGCCUUGGGUCUUUUCGCUACCUCUGAGGCGGUAAGCUCCAUGCCGGCGACAACGCGCACUAGAUACCUCCAAAGAAAUAAAUUUGGACUUGUAAGUAAAGAAAUUUUACAAAUUUGGACGGAAUUGGGACACAGGAGGGGAAUUUAAAAGAAAACGGAGGUCGUUUCCCCCCCCCCCUACCGAGGUACCAUCAAGCAAUUGCAGAGCCUGCAGCCAUAACGCUGGAACGGGACUCUGGACUUUGCUAAAAAGCAAUUUGAACCCCUCCCCGGUGGUAGCGGAGCCAAGGGGAGGUGAGUGAUAUUUAAUUUGGAUCUCCGCAAAUUUUGGAUACAAAUAAGAACAAACUCUCCAGUAGCGGGGUGACAGAAGCCUAGAUGUACCGGCCAGCCAAAGAAGGACUUACUCUCGGGCACAACAGCCUAUGCGCCAUAUUGUAAUUUGAGAAGACAAAGGACGGAGAUAGUCAAAAUAACCAGACAUGUUGUGUGAGAAAGAGAUGCAAACUGUGUGGGAAAAAGUGCAAGAGGUGAUGCAGGGAGUUAAAGAAUAUACGAGACUGACAAAGUUAUGCAUUGAAAACCUACGCCAACCCCUCUCCGCUGACAGCACUGACGCACAGACUGAAACUUUAGAAAAUAAAAACUUCAAUUUUUUAAGACAAGAAGACCGAGAGGAGUUACAGACUUCGAACGAAGUGCAGCUGGUGGGAGAGGCUGCACGGAACAUGAGUUACAACAAUAGAACUGUAUCGGAUAGAGACUCCCAGGACCUGUGUCUCCCAGUGAGAGAGGGAGAGCAGGUUCCUGGAAAAAAUAAUCAAGCUGUGCCAAAGACCGAAGUGGAGGCCUGGGUUCAAACCUCCUUAGUGAGAGAUGGGAGGCAAGAACCAGGUGAAGAACAUGUUAACUGGGAGGCUAAGAAAAAGGAACAACUGGACUGGGGAUGGCAGAGGGGUUGGUGGAGCGAAGAAGCUGGGCUGAAGUGGGUGAGAGAUGGAGUGGGUUGAGAGGAAUUGUAAACAAAGGGACGGAUUAAAUGGUUUGGAUUUGGACUGAACACAUGAGCUGAUUGGGAUAUCCAGGGGAAAGUCAUCCGGUGGAGGAGGGGGGACAUUAGGUUUUUAAAAUCGUAAUUGGAGGGAAAGAAUAUUUGUUUUGAUAAGUUAGAAUAAUUUUAGUGAAAAUUUAAGAGGCUAAAGGGUGUAAUUAGAGGCUUAAUUAAAUUGGUAAUGCAGUUUAAAGAAUUGAAUAUGUUAGAAUGCUAAAUUGUAUAUGUUAGAAUAUUUUUUUGGUGAAUAAUUGGAGAGAUUUCAAUUUAAUUAGAAAAUUGCUAAAUAGGGGUUAUAUUUAGGCUCGGGAAGGGAGGAGCGGGGAAGUCAAUGUUAUGAUAAUGUGAUGAAUAAUAGAUUGGUAUUAUUUUCUUCUUUUCCUUUUGUUUUUGCUUUUUGUCUGUUUUUUUUUCUUAGUUAUUUUUGCUUUUUGCUUUUUUCUGCC